AUGGCUGAUUCCUCCUCCUCCUCCUCCUCCUCCUCCUCCUCCUCUGCUCUCUCUGAGCAAGAUGGAUCAGACUUCCUUCCCAGCAAUACUUGGUGGAAUCGCUCCGCCAACUUCUUCCGCAUGGUCACCGGUCGCAUGUCCCCCGGCGGCGCCCAAAAGUACUGGGCUGAUGCAGACGACCGAUAUAGUGCAUUCGAUUGCAAACGCUGUGAAGAGAGCCGGGAUUAUUUGUUAAAAUACUCUCCUAUAAUCCGGUUCAUGAACGAGAACAUCCAGAAACUCGGCGGCGAACUGGGACCGCACAAUAUUCAUUGCAGGACGUGUAAAGGCGACGAGGAGGCCAUGCAAGGUGGCUUUGAUCAUAAAUAUGGAAUUAAGAUAUGUGCAAAUUACGUGCAGGAGCGGUCGGUCCUGGAGGAUGUCCUGGCACAUGAAAUGGUGCACGCCUAUGACCAUCUGCGCUUCAGGACGGAUUUGACCCUAGAGGAUGAUCUGAGGCACGCGGCGUGCUCAGAGGUUAGUCGCCGCCAAGCGGGCAAGAUAUUUCCAGCUUACCAACUCGCGCAGAUUCGGGCCAGUAAUCUCAGCGGCGAAUGUCGCUGGGCCAACGAGUUCUUCCGCAACAAGAUCCUUUCUUUUACGAACCAUCACCAGGACUGCGUUCGACGAAGAGCGAUCAUCUCGGUCAUGGGUCGCCCCAACUGCAAAGACGACGUGCAGGCCGUCAAAGUGGUCAAUGAGGUGUGGGACAGCUGUUUUCGGGACACAAGACCGUUCGAUGAGAUAUACCGGUGA